AACUAAGAAGGAUUGGCUUCAGAUAGUCGUCACGAUGCAGAAGUCUCUCUUGUGCUUGCUCAUUGUUACCGUAUACGCCGCGUCUGCGGUGCCAGUACCAUCAGAGUACUCAGAGGAUCGCGUGUACCCGCGAUACAUCGAAUUCCCCGAUGGCGAGGGUAACAUGCACACCGUGGACCUCGAGGGUGAGCCUGACAUGGAACUCCUCGACGAGAUCGAAAGGAACCCAGCUAACAACCUAUACUUGCUGUUUACGAGACGCAACCCCAGAAACGCACAAACCUUGGUGAUUAACAACGCCAACUCCAUCACGAGCUCCAACUUCAACGCCAAUCACCCAACCGUGGUCAUCGCUCACGGCUGGCUCAGCAACCAGAACACCGACAUCAACCCCACCAUUAGAGAUGCUUACUUGAAUAAGGCAGAAACCAACGUCAUUGUCCUGGACUGGAGAAGACUGGCGUUGUCAGACUACUACACAGCGGCAAGAGGUGUACCCGCAGUCGGCCGUGGUCUUGGACAGUUCCUGGCUUUCCUAAACAGUGUGACUAGACAGCCUUUCACCAGCAUGCAUCUGGUCGGCUUCAGUUUGGGCGCUCACCUUGUCGGUAACGCUGGUAGAGAACUCGGAGGAAGAGCCGCUCGUAUCACUGCUUUGGACCCUGCUGGACCCCUAUGGAACUACAACUCCAACCGCGUUAACCCCAAUGAUGGUGUCUACGUUGAGGCUAUCCACACCGAUGGUGGCUACACUGUCGGCGGUCUCGGUAUCGGCACUAACGUGGCGAACGCUGACUUCUACCCCAACGGCGGUAUCUCCCAGCCUGGCUGCCUCACCAACAUCUGCAACCACAACCGUGCUUGGGAACUGUUUGCCGCCACCGUUUCUUACAACCACUUGGUUGGCCGCCUGUGCGCCAACAACACUCAACUGACAUUCAACAAUUGCCGUGGUGCUGAACUCCGUAUGGGCAACGAUGACUUGAGGAAAUGGGGAGCUGGCAUGUACCGCUUGGACACAGCAAGAAGAUAUCCUUUCUAAAACGACCGCAAUUCAGAAUAAACGAUUAUUGGCA